AUGCCCAAGGUCUACCUUCUUGACUACGUCGCCGGUAACGUGCGCAGCCUCGUCAAUGCGAUCGAGAAGGUCGGCUACGAGGUUGACUGGAUCCGGUCACCGGAGGAUGUCGCAAGGGCAGAUAGCCUCAUUCUCCCCGGCGUAGGCCACUUCGGACACUGCCUUUCCCAGCUUUCCGCCGCCGGCUACGUCCCCGCCCUUCGCGCCCACAUCGACGCUGGGAAACCAUUCAUGGGCAUCUGCGUCGGCUUGCAGGCCCUCUUCUCGAACUCCUCUGAAGACCCGAACUACCCCGGCCUAGGUGUCCUUCCGGGCGCCCUCGACCGAUUUGACGACUCCGUGAAAGCGGUCCCUCACAUCGGCUGGAACAAUGCGUCCUGUGCCACAGACCAGACCCUCUACGGCCUCCGCCCCGAUUCAAAAUACUACUACGUCCACUCGUACAAGUACCCGUACAAGAAGGGUGAACUGGAAGGGCUCGGCUGGGCUGUUGCUACAGGCACAUAUGGCAACGAGACGUUUAUUGGCGCUGUGGCCAAGGGCAAUGUGCUCGCGACGCAGUUCCAUCCGGAAAAGAGCGGCGUGGCAGGGCUCAGGGUUUUGCGCUCGUUCUUGGACGGGUCGGGAGCCAAAGCGCUGGCGGAAACCCAGCGUCUGGGAGCUUCAAAUGGGAAAAUCGACCAACUGAUUGCGCAGGAGGGGCUCACAAGGCGUGUUAUUGCGUGUCUCGACGUGCGGACCAACGACCAAGGAGAUCUUGUCGUGACAAAGGGGGACCAGUACGAUGUUCGCGAGAAGUCGGACGACCGUUCCGUACGGAACCUAGGCAAGCCAGUGGAGAUGGCAAAGAAGUACUACGAGCAAGGCGCUGAUGAAGUCACCUUCCUCAACAUCACGUCCUUCCGUGAUUGCCCCGUGGCCGACCUACCGAUGCUUGAGAUCUUGCGGAGGACAUCAGAAACGGUGUUUGUGCCUCUGACAAUAGGCGGUGGGAUCCGGGACACGGUCGAUGUGGAUGGGACAAAGGUUUCUGCGCUGGAAAUCGCAACCAUGUACUUCAAGAGCGGCGCCGACAAAGUGUCCGUUGGCAGUGACGCGGUCAUUGCCGCCGAGGAGUACUACCGCGCCGGUAAGACCCUGUACGGCAACACCGCCAUCGAGCAGAUUAGCAAAGCCUACGGGAACCAAGCCGUCGUGGUCAGCGUCGACCCUAAGCGGGUAUACGUCCCCAAGCAAGACGCCACUCGCCACGCUACCGUCAAGACUGCCACCCCGGGUCCCAACGGCGAGGAGUAUUGCUGGUACGCCUGCACAAUCAAGGGCGGUCGCGAGACGCGUGACCUGGAUGUCGUCGAGUUGACCCAGGCCGUGGAGGCCAUGGGUGCCGGCGAGAUCUUGCUCAACUGUAUCGACAAGGACGGUACCAACAGCGGGUUUGACCUGGAGUUGAUCUCGCAGGUUAAGAAGGCUAUCAAGAUACCAGUGAUUGCCAGCAGCGGGGCGGGCAACCCGGGUCACUUUAUGGAGGUGUUCCAGGAGACCACGACGGAUGCGGCCUUGGGGGCGGGUAUGUUCCACAGGGGGGAGUACACGGUACAGCAGGUGAAAGAUUAUCUAGCGGAAAAGGGGUUGACGGUGAGGAAGUUUGAGGGGAAUCUGUGA